CCAUGGAUCAAUAGAUUUCAAAAAAGGAGUAUAGUCAUGUUUGAUGAUGAGUUAGACCUAAGAAACGGCUACAGACAGUUCCUCCAGGAUAAGAAGGAUGACAAGAAGGUUCUUCAAGAGAAAUCUCAGAAUAAGCAGAUCCCCUCUGAAGAUAAUGUAGCUCAUAAGCAUGCUUUUGAGUCUAGCAUAUGAGUUCCAAAAACAAAUGCUCAAAGGAAGAUAGAUAGUAAGGUAAACAAGUAUCAAAGCCUGAUUGAGAAAAGCAUUGAUAGCUUUGAGAGUCUCAGAAAAGAGAAAAAUCAAAAAGAACUGAUGGAGAAAAAUGCAAAAUCGCAAAUUACACCAUCAAUCCAUAGAAUUUCAGAAAUCCAAGAAGUUAUUGAAGAAGAAAAUGAGGAAGGGUUCAAGGUCCGUAUAUGCUAUGAAGCACAGAGAAGAUGGUUAAAUCCCAUCCCAAAAACACUCUUAGACCUGAGAGAUACAAUUAUCAGUCUCUUCCAUUCUUCAAAGAACAAGCCACUUACUGAUGAAGAUUUUAGAAUGUAUUUCUACGAUUUUGAUGGAGAAAAAUGAAUCAUAGAUACAGACUUAGAUCUCCAAACUGCUUAUUGCCUAGCAAAGAAAGCUAUACCUAAUAUCCUGAAGCUAUGCAUUGAUAUCAGAAGAGGCCUUAAUGUCUGAGAUAGUGACUCAGAUAACAGGACUAUUAGGAUCAAGACAGAUUACAAUGAUAGAAGAUACAAUGAGGAGUCAGACGAUGAAGAAGACUAUGAGAAAUGGAAGCUCGACAACUUCGAACUUGAGUUCAACUACAUUAUGAGAGAUGGAUUCCCAUAUCAAAGAUAUUACCCGUACAACAAAGCAAACUAUGCUAGUCUCUCAUGAUGGUAUGCGUGAAGAGAUAAUCAUAUUAAUGGAUGCUCAGGAAGAUGGGAAACAUAUCCUCUGAUGUUCAAUGGAGAAUUCGGGAAAAUGAUUGUUCCUCAUUCAAUUCCAAAAGAAAAGCACACAACAGAAAAUAUCAAUCCAACUAUUGAGAAGUAUGCUAAGGCUCUUCUUACCGGGACAGGUGUAAAGGAUGAGAUCCUAUCCAAAGAUGAGGUAUUGGCUUUAGCCAAAGCAAUGAGUCGAAAUGAUUGCACCCUUACCUCUACUCAGUUAGUUGCUUCUAUUAAACAGUGUUUCCCAAAUGCCAAUCUGCCAACUAGACGGAUCUUUCAGUCUAUUGUAUCAAGUGAGAAAAUGAGAGAGAUUAAGUAUGAUGAUAAUGGAACCCAGAUAUUCAGAAUGGAUGGAAUUCGUACUCUCAGAAAGACCCAAUUUGGAAGAGGAAUGACCUUCACUCUUGUUGAAGGAAAACCGAAGUAUUACAUUUACUUCUACAGUGAUUUCCAAUGGCAAGUAGCUGAAGAGAUGAAAGAUGAUCCUAACUUCCAUUUAUUUGUAGAUGGAACAUUCAAGUGCUGUCCUAAAGUAUGGUCGCAGCUUCUAAAUGUAUGAGUAUUUCAUAAAAGAAAGAAGCUUUAUAUCCCAAUUUGUCACGUGCUGAUGCAGACACAGACAUAUGAAGGCUAUGUGUCUGUAUUCCAUUGGUUAAGAGACACAUUUGGGUUUAACCCAAAAUUUGUAACAGUAGAUUUUGAAAUUGCAACAAUGAGAGUUAUCAAAGAAGUAUGGCCUGAUUGCAGAUUAGUACCUUGAUUCUUCCAUUUUGUAAAAUGCCUUUGGAUGAAUGCUGCAAAAUGAGGUUUAAGAAAGAAAAAGUUUGUGUGAGAUACAAAACAACUCGUAUUUUCAUUAAAGGCCUUAGCAUUCAGACCUCCUGCUAAAGUUUACAGAAGAUUUGAGAAAAUCAAAGGUAUUUAUGAACAGAAAGGUAACUGAUACAAGAGCUUUUUGGAAUAUUUUGAGACAACUUGGAUGGAUGGAACAUUCAAAAUUAAUGACUGGAAUUAUUAUGAGAAAAUCAACGAUUUUGAAGACCUUGCCAUUACCAAUAAUGGACUUGAAUCAUUCCAUCAAAUCAUUAAAUCCCAACUGAGAAGAAUCACCCCGAGCUUCAAAGGAUUUAUCGAAGUAUUAGCCAGAGCAGAGACUUUAAAGAAGUCAGAUUAUGAUGAAGACAGAAUAAAUGGAGAUCCACAAUACAACAGAUGAUGGCCUGUUACAAAGAUCAUGAGAGAACUUUACUGAAAAGAGUCAAGCCAAGAAAAGAAAAUGAAAGAUUUAAAGGAUGGUGUAGAAGAAGAAAUCUCACAAUAUGUGCCUAAAGAUCUUUCCUCACUAAAGAAUUCCAAUGUCGGGCAAUUUAAUAUGAAAACCAGAAAGGUAGAAAGAGAAGUCAUGUUCCUCUUUGAAGAAUUUGAUGAAAACAAAAUUAGUUUACAGCAAGAUAAAGUGAUCAGAGAAAGAGCAAAGUUAAGAAAGGAGAUUAGAUCAACUUCUGGAGAUCCCCAAAACGCUUCAGGAGAACCAUUCGAAGUCAUAGAAAAAUAUCUUACUGAAGAUAAACCUAAGCUCGAUAAGGCUAUAGUUGGAUUCAAGGUUGCUAAUUCAGAUUUCAUCAGGAAGAAACCUAAGCAAGAAAAGACAGAAUCACAACUGCUAAAGGAUAGAAUUGAAGAAGAUAUGGAUGAAGAGCUUGAACAAAUUCUGAAUGGAGAUUUAGUUUUCCAAACAUAUGCCACUGCUUUCGAUCCAAACAAGAUUAAAAGGAGGAAGAAAUAA